CUGUACAUGGAGAUCAAGCUGGGAAAACCGACCAGUGCAGUGCGCAGCUCCGACUCUGCCAUCUAAGCGUUGUGCUGUUUCAUCCUUUCUUCCCUCUUUCGAGACCAUCCUUAUCACUCUUCUCAGAGGGUCCACGUCUGAGCAGGAAGACCGCCGGAUUUCCCCUCCUCCCCCGAAAACGGACUGGCUGGGUUUUUUAUUCCCGGGACCUGAGUAAGAAGAACUAGAACCCAAGAGGAGGAGACUCUGCUGCUCACACUUUAAUCGAAGGAGACGCGAUUCCCGUCCAGGCGGCGGGCCUGGGGAGCAGGGCGGCAGAGGGGAGGGAGACGUGGGGAAGUUAGGGAGGGAAAUGCAGGUGUAAGUAAACAAACCUUUAACCGCCCCCUUUCUUGCUAGUUCGACAAUUACUCAGAAGACGCGAAGGGAGGACAGCUAAUCCCUUCGGGGAGGGGGCGCUGCUUUCCUUACCUUUCCUGCAGCUUCCAAGGUUAAGCCCCCCUCCCGCCCCGUAUGAGUGCGGCGGUGGUGACUGAUCCUGCCCUCCCGGCGCCCGGGGGACUUGGCAGCGCCUGCCCGAUGGCGACGAGCUGGUGCUAAGGCGGGGGUCUUCACGGGAGCGGAGAUCCAGGGGAGCGGAUCCGGGGUGGCGGGCGGCCGUGGAAGGCCGGCGGCGAUGAGUUUGGUAGGUGGCUUCCCCCACCAUUCGGUGGUCCACCAUGACGGCUACCCUUUCGCCGCCGCCGCAGCAGCAGCAGCCGCCGCCGCCGCCGCCGCCUCCAGCCGCUGCAGCCACGAGGAGAACCCCUACUUCCACGGCUGGUUGAUCAGCAGCCACCCUUCGGAGAUGUCCCCGCCCGACUACAGCAUGGCGCUCUCGUACAGCCCCGAGUACGCCAACGGAGCGCCAGGCCUGGAGCAUCCCCACCACUACGUGGGCGGCGUGGCUCCCCCUGGUAGUGGCGGCGGGCCGCCGGGCUUGGGGGGCGGCCCCCGGCCGGUCAAACGGCGUGGCACGGCCAACCGCAAGGAGCGGCGCAGGACUCAGAGCAUCAACAGCGCCUUCGCCGAGCUGCGCGAGUGCAUCCCCAACGUCCCGGCCGACACCAAGCUCUCCAAGAUCAAGACGCUGCGUUUGGCCACCAGCUACAUCGCCUACCUCAUGGACCUCCUGGCCAAGGACGACGCCAACGGCGAGGCCGAGGCCUUCAAGGCUGAGAUCAAGAAGACCGACCUCAAGGAGGACAAGAGGAAGAAGGAGCUGAACGAGAUCUUGAAAAGCACAGUGAGCAGCAGCGACAAGAAAACCAAGGGAAGGACUGGCUGGCCCCAGCAUGUUUGGGCUCUGGAGCUCAAGCAGUGAAGGCGAGUGUGAAGAGUGGAGAACUUGUCCCUUCUGGGAUUCUGGACCUUCCAAGCGAGGUUGCUGAGCUGAGGACUUUCCCUUCUUGCCCUUGUAUUGGAAUCGUAUGGUUUAUUUAUGUGCAAUUUCCCUCCCUAGUCUUUCUCCUUUAAAAAAAAAAGUGGAUCCUGGAAGAAAAGCAUUCCAUAGUUCAAUGAAAUAAAUGAAGAUGAAAACUCCAGCGUGGUAAGGAGAAGCACGAUCUCCAAAGGGUGGUUCCCCUUCCAUCGUGAUGAAUGUUAUGUUGCUUUGUUUGUAUAGAACCCAGGGGACAAAAGGAAAUCAAAAUAAAAAAUGAAGGCAUUAGUAUGUAAUAUGAAAUGUAUACCUUUAAUCCCUGCUCUGUUUUGAAUGAUUGUGGAUGAUAACUGUAAGCCAGUUGCUUCUCUCCCCCACCCCACCAGGUUUCCUACCUCGAGGUAGGACCUCAGGGUUGUGAGACUUCCCCCUUCCCUCCCCUCCCCCAUCCCACAGUGAAGAAAAUAGUGUCUAACAGUUCUUUGUUAAUCUGCACUUCAGUCCUAAAGGAAGCAAAGCAAAAAUUAAAAUUAAAAUUAAACAAAUUACAAUCCGUGCUGUUGAAUAAUUAAUAUUGCAAGGCCCAAGUGUUGUAAGUAUUCCUUGGAUCGUUGAGUGUAUUUUUUUUAAGUUAAAAUAAUUACAUUUUAUAACCAGAAAGGCUUAAAACCCAACCUCAAAAUCCUUUUUAAAAAAUCUAGACAUUAACCAAAGAGGUUGGUUAAAGUGAACUAAAAAUACAAUUUAAUUAUGAAGACAAUAUAUAAAAAUCGAUCCUGUGUAUGUUUGGCUGGGAAAAUAACAUCGAACUCUCUAAGAUUCACUGCCGAGUAAAGGUGCUUAAGAACAGCUUGUAGUUGUGUCUGGU